AUGGACACGUCAGACUACACAGCCAUCAUGGCCAGGGGGAGCCCAAAGGCAGGGCAAGGCUUCCCAGGGCUGUGGCUGCCCAGUCCCUACGCAGGAACCAGCCCUGAAAUGAAUACUACUCCACCUGACAUGAUAACCCCAACAGAUGAUACAGGAAUGAACACAACAUCAGCAACAAUUCCAGCAAGGGACUUGUGCAACCCAGACCCUUGUGGAACAAAUUUGGCUAAAUGUGUUGCUUUAAGUAGAAAUUUUACGUGCCUGUGCCAGUAUGGAUUCUAUUAUAGCAACAAGGAUUGUCACAGAGGAAAAAUAUUCCCAGGGGUCAUUACACUGAAAGAAUUUUACAGUAAAAGUGUUCAAACUAUAAAUUCUGUGCAGUAUGAAGAGGUGUUCCAAAAAAUAACAGAUUUUUUUACAGAUGCCUUCAGUAAUUUAACAGGCUUUGGACAGACUGUCAUUGUGGAAAUUGAAACUCUAAAAGAAGAACUGAAUGUAACAGUGACAAACCUGUUUAUGGAGAACUCAACUGUAAACAAAGUGGCAGUUGAUUCUGCAAUACAAAAUGCAGGAAAAAAUUUGCCUUUUUUCUCUGGGUACAGAGAAACAACCUAUUGUGCUGUUUUUAAUUGUGAUACCCAAACCACAACCUGCAAGGAAAAUGUGUUUCCAAAAUGCAUAUGCAAAAGUGAUUUCUCAAAGACAGAAUGGGAUGAUCGUUCUUGUUCAGAUUGCAAUAAAAACUGUUCUCCAGAAGAAAACAAGUACUGUGCAAAAGAAAAAGGGACUCCAACAUGCAAAUGCAUGCCUAACUUUGAAAAUAAGAAUGAUAAAUGUGUACCUUGUCCAGUGGGCUACUCUGGAGAGAACUGCAAGAACAAUAGUGAACUCAUCCUUAUAAUAGUGGGUACAGUGUUUGGAGCAAUUAUCCUGAGUUUAGUGAUAGCAGUCUCUAUUGUUUCAGUAAGAGCCAAACACAAACAAGAUCCAGAGAAGAAGAGCCUGAUAAAGUCACGAUAUCCCAACCCAAAUACCUCUGAUGAUAGAGAGACCACGAUGUUCCCCAGAGUCCGGACCACUUCUGGCCAUGCGAACCCCGGAUAUCAGCCAAACAACCCAUAUGAGAUGCGUUCCUCAAAUAAAGGUCGUUUUCCCAAGAGUGAUUAUGAUUUGUACGAAAUAUCACGGGAGCCUGAGGGCUUUAGGACACAGAGCAAAUACUAA